AUGUCCCAACACGACGCGUGGAUUGAUGCGCUCACGCAAGGCACGCAAGAGUUUGGCGCAUCGGCGAGGAAAGCAGCACAACAUGUAGGAGAAACGAAUAUCACAAAAAAAGCACAGGACCUUGUCCGUCUCGCCCUGUUUCAUGAAUACGAACGUACCCCGAUCAGGCGUGAUCAUAUUAUCAAACACAUUAUUGGGAAAGAGGCUAGUCGCGCAUUCCCUAUUAUAUUCUGUCAGGCACAAAAUAUACUUAGGACGACCUUCGCGUUUGAAUUGGUCGAGGCGCGUGGUCGUGGUACAGAGAAUCCAUUGUUGACGCAGCAAGAGGCCGCUUUAGACGAACGCGUCGGAUCCAAGCGUCGGCGCACGGAUGAAACGGUACGAAAAGCAUCUACCUCUACACACACAUACAUCCUCCGAUCAACACUACCACCUGACAUACUGAAGGUCAUGGCAAGUGAUGAGUCCGGUGAUCCCGUGCUCGAUUGGGACACCUCUGAGGGUGAGUUGGGGACUAUGGGCCUGCUUUUCGUCGUUCUGGGUAUCAUAUUGGUCUCAGGUAGGCAGGCACCUGACACUAGGAUACGCGCGUGUCUAGCGCAGGUAUCAUUGUCCAUUGACCGAGUCAUGCCCAUGUCACUUCAGCCCCUCGAGGCAGGCACGAGCGAUCAUGCCAGCCGUCAUACACUGGACAUGUUCUUUCAGCGUGCCAUGCGACAGGGGUAUCUAGAACGCGUUCGUGCAGCCGACACAUCGCAACAAACAUCAGCGCUUGAAUGGCGUUGGGGCCCACGUUCAGAAGUGGAAAUGGGUGAGCACGCUGUUGCGUCGUUCAUGGCUGAAUUGUACGGCCAAAUCAAGUCCGAAUCAUCAGAGCCAUCGGUCUCGAUUUUAAAACGUAUUGAGCGUGCAGCUGGCACGUCACUUGUAGGAUAG